CCAUUGGAUGAUCAAAUAAUCCGUAAAAAUUUAAAAUUUGACAACAUCCGUCACACCAGUGUUAUCUUCCACGAUUUUGUGCACAGCAUUUAUCCGUCGUUUCGUUAAUUCCACGCAAAUUCGCAAAACAGGCGUAUCCUUUUAAAACCCAAAACCCAUUAUUAUUAUUAUUGUUCGUUCCAAUGUCCGUUUUUCAAAUAUGGCGGACCAAGAAAGUUGUAAGGACAUUCAGUUAUUAAAAAGGACAAGAAUUUCAGUUUUCGUCGACGAAGCCUUACCAGACAUUUUAGUUGUAACGUACGAAUUCGGCGUCAAAAUUUUUAAAGGAGUCCUGCUCGAUUCCACGAAAAGAAACUUGCCAUGUGGGAUCCAAACCCUCAAUCCAGCUUUCAAAGUAAAACCGAAACCUGAAGAUGAUACUCUGUACUCCGUCAACCAAAGAUUCGCCUACACAGACCCCACCACCGCGAAAAAAAAGAAUGUACAAAUCCCCAGCAAAUACAAAAACAACAAAAUGACCGUACGACUUCGGCCCCGGCAAGUUCUCUGUUCGAAAUGCAAAGGCAUUUGUAACGAAAACUCGGAAAAUGUGUCUCGUAAACGUAAAACAAGCGAAAGUGUUCACCCCAACCCUCCCGUCAAGCGAGGUUUAAACGCUCCCAUCACUCGAUCGGUCUCCAUUCACACCGAGCUCACCAAUAAGAAAAAACUAGGAGAAGCGACUCUCGUCCCGCGCCUCACUCGGCUCACGCCUCAGGAAGAAAUGACCGCGUUGAACGGAGGAAGCGUGAAGGUUUGCACCAGCGACAGCAAAAGCCCUUUCAAGAAACCGCUAGCCGCGGUUUCGGUCAACAAAGAAAACACCCAAGAAGAGAAAAAACAUUCCUCCGACCAUUCCGAAGACAGUUCCAACUCGGACGACGUGCAGAGCGAGGCGCUGUGCAACGCCUCGAAGUCCGCUAAGCGGAUUUUGAGGAAGAAGCGCAGCGUGGGCUCGAUGGAGGAUUUGUGGGAUGAGAGUGUGUUCGAGGAAAACGCCAAUAAAAAUAACAAUAACGCUCAAACGAACGCGACAGAUGAUCAAACGCUGAAUGCAAGCAAUCUCUCCAUUAACACGAAGACAAUAAAAAUUUCCUAUGGACCACAGGGGGAAGGAACUGUACUUAAAAUACCCGCACAAAUCGAAAAUCUCAACCUGAAGAAGGAUACUGAAGAGAAUGUGAAUGUUAGUAAUAGUGAGGAAGGGAAGAGUUUGGGUAAUAAGGCGGCGAGGAAGGCGCUGAAGAAGGCCAAGAAGGAGGCGAGGAGGAAGGUGUUUCUGACGGGGAGUUCGCCCUGUUAUUUGGGGAAUGGCUCGCCGAGGUACACCAUUGGCGGCUCGUCGCCGAGGUAUACGGUGGGGAGUGCCUCACCGAGGCACGGCUUGGGGAAUAAUUCCCCUAGGUAUAUGUGUACUUCGUACGAUUUAAGUCUACCAAGAAGAAGAAAGCACAAAAUGAAACAUAAAAAGAAACAUAAGGACGACAAAGAUAGGAAACACAAAGAAGGAGAGGUCAGCUCAACUCAAGAGGAUCCCAAGGAACAGUGCAUAACCCAAAAACUGUCAAUUAACUUAAAACGACUUAACAACACCUACGCAUCAUUUCCCGCUCCCUCGGAGAAAACCGCAGAAGAAAAUACGUCCAGUUCAGAUGAACACAGCGAACAGGUCCCCGACUUCCCGCCCCCGACACCUCCAAUAAUGCUACGUAUUAACUCCCAAACCCUAUCUAGCGCACCGACGGCAGACGGGGGGCGAAUGUUGGUCGGUGACGUGGUCUGGGGCAAAAUUCACGGCUUUCCGUGGUGGCCGGGCAAAGUCCUGACCAUCACAAACUGUGGCGGCCAAGGGCCGCAGGCACACGUCGCAUGGUAUGGUUCCUCUACGUCGUCACUAAUGCAGUGUGAUCAAUUAAGUCCAUAUUUAGAAAAUUUUAAGAUACGUUAUAACAAAAAGAAACGCGGUCCAUACAAGGAGGCUAUAAAGCAGGCCACGUUAGAAGCCAAGGAGAACGCCCAGGUUAAAAUGAGGCAACCGUUAGGAAAUUCACCAUCACACAACAUUAUCCCGCAAGUGGUGCCACCUGCUUUAGCUUCACCUAGGGAAAUCGAUGUUGUAUCAUAAGAGAGUUUUCUUUUGAUUUAUGGAACUUUGAAAUGUCGGAAUAUCUGAUAAGCUACUGACUCUUAAAUGUGUUAUAGCUAAAGUAAUUUUGUCUACUGCAUUGGUGUAUUCUUUAAACUACUUUUAUAUUUAUAUACGACUUAUUUGUAUGCAGAUGUAACAUCUUUCGUUGUUGGAUCAUUGAGAAAGUUAAUGUUUCCUUGUAAAGAAUUAUUUGUGAUACCUUUGGAUGAUUGUUUCAUAUUGAAGUGUUUUAUUCAAUAUUUUUAUAGAGUUAAGUCAUAGUUAUUACUAUCUGUUAAACAAUAAUCAAUAUAUCU